GAGAGAGAGAGACAAUGUAAACAAACAAGUCUACUAUCUAAUAACAACGUUCAUCAACAAAUAUCAAUAAACAAAUAUAUAUUUAUUUAUAAUUUAAAUUUUAAACAAAAAAUGAUAACAAGAAAAAAAAAAAGCAAUGAAUAAAAUAACUAUAGUGUAAUUAAUAAUUAAUAAUAAUUAAUAAUAAUAUUUGUGUGUUAAAUUAAAUUAACAUAAAUAAAAAUAAUGGCAAAAAUACACUGGUCAAUUUUUAAGUCACCAAAAACACUUGUAUCAAUUAUGUGGAUGUAUUUAAAUAAAAAAUGGUGGAGAUUAAAAUUAAUAAUAGCAUCAUUAUUUUACAAUGAUUUUAUAAGCUGGAAUUAUGCUUGUGAUAUUGCCUUGGAGCCAAUAUUUUGGUUUGUUGAAAAUUUUACUGGAGUAAUUGGUCCAAUAUUAAUUGUUAUGUUAUUAUCAUUAACUGGAUUGAUGAUUUAUACAGCAUAUUACAUUGGUAUACCAUAUUGGUGGGAAAAAAGUCCAUCAAUAACAAUAAUAUUAUUAAUAAUUGGUCAUUGGUUAUUGAUAAAUGUAUUAUUUCAUUAUUAUAUGGGUGUUAAAGUACCAGCUGGUAAUCCACCAGAGGGUGGUCUUAUACCAGAAGCAGUUAGUAUUUGUAAAAAAUGUAUAAAACCAAAACCACCACGUACACAUCAUUGUUCAAUAUGUCAAAAAUGUGUAUUAAAAAUGGAUCAUCAUUGUCCAUGGUUAAAUAAUUGUGUUGGACAUUAUAAUCAUCGUCAUUUUUUUUUAUACAUGAUAUUUACUGCUAUUGGAAUAAUAUUUAUUAUGAUAUUUGGUGUUGAAAUAGCAUAUCAAGAAAUAUUUCCAGAUUAUGAACAAGAACUUGAUGGUCAUCCAGUUAAAAUUAAUAAUAAUUUUGAAAUAAUACCAGUUACUGAAAUGAUGGAUCAUUUAAGUCAUGAAGAACUUGAUGAAAUAGCUAAACAUGAAUAUAAAAUUAAAAUUAAAGAAACAAGAAGAAGAUUAAUAAUAUUUGCUGGUUUAAUAUGUGUUACUGGUUUAUUUAUACUUGUUGGUUUAAUAUGGUGGCAUGGUAAAUUAAUAACAAAUGGUGAAACAAGUAUUGAAGCUAGAAUUAAUUCAAAAGAAAUUGAUAAAUAUAAUAAACAAGGUAAAAUAUAUCAAAAUCCAUAUGAUUUUGGUAUUUUAGAAAAUUGGAAAAUUUUUUUAGGCCUAAAACAACACAGUUGGUUGUGUGUUUUAUUGCCAUCAACACAUUCACCACGUGGUAAUGGAUUAACAUGGCAAACAAUUUAUGAUAAAAAAGAUGAAAAAAUAUAAUCAUCAUCAUCAUCAUCAUCAACAACGAAUAUUAUUUUAUAAUAUAAAUUUAAAUGACAUAAGCAUAAUUAUUACAUUAGUUUUUGUAAAUAAAUAAUAAAAAAUAAGCCACAAAAAUAAAAAGAAAAAAUUAACAAAAUUAAAAAGUUUAAUAAUACAAAAACGAAAAUUUAAAAAACAAUCAUCAUCAUCAUCAUCUGAAUUAAUUUCCAUGAAUUUUAAUAAUAGAAACUUGAAUGACACAUAUGGUAUUAAAUUAAAUUAAUUAACAUUCAAUAAACAUAUAGUGCAUUGUAUAAUUAUGAUUAAAAAAAAAAAUAAUGAAAAUAAUUGUGAAUAUUCAACAUUCAA